AGAGUUUGAGCGAGGUUCUCAGAAUGGCGUGAUUACGUUGCUUUCUUCCGAUCCCAAAAUAAACGAGAGUGCGGAAGACUACGAAUUAUCGAUGUCUUUGGAAGGAGUCGAGGGAUGGGAUUCAUUAAUCUCUUUCCUACAACGAAGCAAUUAUUCUUCGACAUCUUUUAAUUUUAAUUUAACUUUGACACGAGAAUAUAAAACGAUCCCACGACCCAAUUUCCCGCCAAACUACCAAAUUUUAAAACUCGAUCCCAUUCGCUUCCAUGCCCCCAUCCACCUUCUCUCCCUCUUUCUUCAAACCCUCGAGCCUCCAAUGGUCCAACUUCGCGAUGCCAACCAGCGGCUUGUCUGCGAGUUUAUCCCUGAUUUCGAAGAACUGGCAUUCAAUUUAGCCUGCUGCCCGGACGAUUCCUGCGUCUCCGCGAGCGACGCUUCGAUCGAACUCCACGACACCGUGCACUUGAAGGACAUGCUGGACAACGAGCACAGCUGCCCCGCGGUGAUGUCCGAUUUCGUGUACUCCAAUUGCGUGCUGCUCGUCCACUUGUCGCUGCGCAAGAUCGAUAAGGCAACAGCUCUCCAACCGCCCAUCAAUCAAUCCUUGCAAACUGCCAUUCUCACACCCACAGACACGCCUGCCUUCACGGAAACCUCCACGCAGAGUUGGAAACCCUCCCAAAAGCCCACACAGAACCCUUCCCAAAAGCCCACACAACCCUCUUACUCCCAAAAGCCCACACAAAACACUCCUUACUCCCAAAAACCUGCACAGAACGCUUCCCAAAAACCCACACAGAACGCUUCUUACACCCAAAACGCUCCUUACAAGCCAUCCAACACGUUUUCCAAUCCAUCAACCGCAGCGCCCGCUGUGGCGGAGCUGGUGGACCUCACGCGCAGCAGCGACGACGGCAGCAACGAUGACGAUGAGGCGUUCGAAGCGUCGAUGCGGCCGUUAUCGGUGCAGACGGACGUUCUGCAGCAGAAGUUGAAGCAUUUGGAGGAGUUCCACGCGGAGACGGUGAAGUAUUAUGAGAAGGAAUUGGCGGCGAAGCAGCGGACGAUUCAUCAAUUGACGCAGGCAAAUCGGGAGUUCGAGAAGCUGUGCGUGGAUAGCGUGCUGGGGGAGAGCAAAACGGAGGACGUGCUGCGGCUACGGAAUGAGAAUGAAGCGCUGAAGAGAAGAGUGAGAGAGGCGGAGGAGCGGUGGAAACGAUUGCAGAAGGAGAACGAUGAAUUGAGAGCAGUGAUGGUGAAGAUUUGCAAGGCGUAGAUUGCAAGUUGGAUUGUUUUAUAAAGUCUAAGCAUAUAUAUGAGUUAUUGUUGACAAUGC